AUGGCAUUUCAUACAACGGCAUCGGGGGAACUUCCAAGUGGACGAGUCCAGUCUCAGUGGCAAGGACUCUGGCAAAAAAGCACCAGCACUUUGCUCAAGGAAGCUGUCGACCUCCGACAUUACCAGAGGGAACUGGAGACUCGUCUCCACGACGAGCAUGCCCACCUUCUGCAAGAACAACACCAUUCAUGCCAGCUUGAGCAGAAGCUGGCCGACUCUCAGUGGGCACGCGAGCAGGUGGAAUCGGCGUUGUGUCGCAGCACCGAGGAAGUCGCGUGGCUGCGUCAACAGCUGGAUGGCCAAAAGAGAACGCUGGAUUUGGAUUCCCGUGUAGAGGCCCUAGCGAGUCUCAACGAGGCCUUGUUGAAGACAACAUUCGGCACGACGACCAUGGAGACGACAUGUCAAAAACUUUCUUAG